AAUGAAUGGAAGCAGCUGUGCCCAUGAAGCUCCACAUUGGCCGGCAAUCCGACGACCACCCCAAACGACAUCUGCUAUUUUGGGGGAAAGAGUACUUGGAAGAACGAGGUCACACUCCAGUGGUCUCGCCAUAGACAACUGCGAUCCCCCACUGAGCUGACUCAACGACGUCCCGACCGUCCCCGGCAUCAAUUUCGAUCUCCCCAUCACAGAGACUCGAGAUCUACACAUCCCUCCUGGGUGGAAAAACCCGUCAAGAUGGUCCGCGGCCGCCAAUUCCUGGCAGCGCGCGUCUACGAGACAGCCCAAUCACACCUAUCCAGCUCUGUCAUCCCUAACAAGCCAAACAUUCCCGCGCCAUGGGUGAAAGCUGUGACGCACAUCCCGCCGGCCGAGAUCCUCACCCGGCCGUACCCAAUCCAGCACACCGAGCCCAAAGCCCGCGGGAAAGCCGCCCAGCGGCCGCCGCGCAACAUGUUCCGCCCGACCAAUAUUGUGCACCCGGAGGACGAGCUGCGGCAGGACUUCUACCGCGACCACCCGUGGGAACUGGCGCGGCCCAUGCUGGUGCUCGAGCUGGACGGCAAGGACGCGCGGUACCGCGACUGGAGCAAGGGGCUGCGCCAACCGGGGAUGGCGUUGAGCGGUGAGAGCGUCGUCCAACGCCAGCUAUACCUGAUGGAAGUCAAAGGCAUGAGCAAGGCGGCGGCCUACGACAAGGCGCGCAAAGAGUUCUAUCAGCUGCGGCAGCAGGAGGAGAUUGAGCGCAGGAUAGCGGUCGAGGAGGCGCGCAUGUAUGGCGCCUACUUCGGCAAGUCCGACCUGCAGGUCGGCAUGGAGCUCGAGGACGCCGUCUACGAGACGUGGAAGAAGUGGGCCGCCAGCGAGAUCGCCAAACUCGAGGCCGAGCGGAGCGAGGCGUAUGCCAGCGUCGUCGAUGUGGGUGAGGGUAAGGGGGCGGAUGACGAGGAGGAUUUGGAUGUGUUGGUGUAGGGGCAGGUGGAACCGGAGGGUAGGGGCUGAGCUGGGCUGGUAAGAGUAUCUGGCCGGGUAAACCUGUAUAAAACCGAUGUUCACGACAAAAUAGAGCCUUGUACACUGAAAGUUGCAAACGCUUCGCAUGACUUCCUUUCCUUGGGCCGCCGGACCCUGAACCGACAGCAUCUGCCCUUCGAUAUACAGUCUGGCCUGCAGUGCAGGCCAAAGCCAAAUAAGUUAGCGGACCUUUUACCCCUGGGAAUCUCCACCCAUUUCAAACUGUCCUGAUGGGCCCAUAUCGGUGCCCCAAAUUCAAACCAUAAACCAUUGAAACCUGAGUCCUCCGGAUACCCAUCCUUGAAACGCCAUAAC